AUGGCAGAAUUCAAUAUUUUAAAAAAGAUAAAUCAGCUUGCACUCUAUAAAUAUAAUAUAGGACAGAAAACAAAUAGUAUGGAGGGUACAGCUGCUGAUUCUAGUCUUAUAAAACUCAGAGAUCUCAAUGCGCAGAAUGUAAUUGAAGAUAGUUCAAAUAACGACAUUGUAAAUUUAGAUAAUCAUACGUCGACAAAGAGCUUGCAUCAUACUAAAAUUAGAGAGAGUUAUACUACAUAUCUUAGGAGCAUUAAUAUAGGUGUAUACUUUAUCAACCUAUCUGUGGUUAUGGUAUCUGGCUUUUUAAUUGGGGAUGUUUUUUGCAUCGAGAUGCUAUUCCAUAAAGAGUAUCCGUAUCCGAACUAUCUAUCAUUGCUUGUUUGUGGCUUGUGUAUUAUGCUAUUCCAGCUCACUAAGUACACUAUAGAUAUAAAUAAUUUCUACAGAUAUAUAAUUGGUAUAAAGCGCAAAAAUGGAUACACAUGGGUACUUUACAGCGCUAUAUUGGGCUUUGUCUUAUCACUAGUGAUAGGCAUAAUUCUCAGGUCUAUAAAUAUUUCCGAUCCAUGCAGUCAUGCAAAAAUGCUUAGAAUUGCAUCUUUGCAGAUAUUUCUAGGCUGUGCUAGCUUUACUUUUGAGCUACUAGAAGUACUUUAUAUUUUCACAUAUAUAAGAGAAUUAAAGACCCUUGUAGGGAACUUAGACCCAGCCAGAAAUAAAUGCAUAGGCAGCUUCUUAUCGGUAUUUAUGUUUGUAUCCCUCUGCUCAGCGUGGUACAUAUACUGCACGCAGAUAAACUCUGCUGUUUCCUAUUUGCUUAAAGAAGACAUAUUUAAGAUUACCAUUCUAUAA